UACAGCUCCUACCAGUAACUACGACCCAACGCAACCCUCAACUUGAGUCUUUAGCUAGCGAGUGACAGAGAGGGAGAGAGAGACGGACAUUUGGUUCCUAUGGCGAACGCAGCGGAGGUGGAGGCGGUGGACUUCGAGCCGGAGGAUGACGACCUGAUGGACGAGGAUGGAGGCGUAGAUACCGCCGACGCCUCGGCCUCGCCGAGGGCCCCGCUCCCGAAGCUCAAGUCCGCUAUCACCGGCGGUGCGUCCUCCUCCGCCGCCGCAUCCAGAAAGAUCAAGGGACGUGGCUUCCGCCAGGACCAUCCCGACGCCGUGGACCGCUCCACCCGGCUUGCCGCCUCCAACUUCGACUCCUUGAAGUCCCCCGACGGCCCUGGGCCCCAGCGAUCCAUCGAAGGAUGGAUUAUUCUGGCCACUGGAAUACACGAAGAGGCACAAGAGGAUGAUCUGCAAAAUGCUUUUGGUGAGUUUGGGGAGAUCAGGAACUUGCAUCUAAAUCUUGAUCGCCGGACUGGGUUUGUCAAGGGAUAUGCCCUAAUUGAAUAUGAGAACUUUGAGGAAGCACAGAAUGCAAUAUCCUCAAUGAAUGGAGCUGAAUUUCUUACGUGUUUGUGA